AUGGAACACUGGAACCAAAGCAGAGUAACUGAAUUCAUCCUUGUCGGAUUCCCAGCCUUGUACAGUUAUGGUCCAAUCCUCUUCUGCUGCCUUCUUCUUGCCUAUCUCCUUACGAUUAUUGGAAAUAUGCUGGUAUUUACAAUAAUAUGUCUAGACACACAUCUUCACAAACCAAUGUAUUGCUUCAUUGGAGUAUUGUCUAUCUUGGAACUCUGGUAUACUACAGUUAAUAUUCCAAAGAUGUUAAUAAAUUUGCUGAAGCCAAGAGAAAGUAUAUCUUUUACCAACUGCCUCCUGCAGACCUAUUUUAUGCAUUCUCUUGGUGUAAGUGAGUGUUAUCUACUCACUACUAUGGCAUAUGAUCGCUACUUAGCAAUUUGUCAUCCUCUGCGCUAUUCAUCAAUAAUGACCUCCAAAUUAACUAUUCAGCUAGUUUACACCUGUUUUAUUGCUGGAUUUGUAUCUCCAGUCCCUGAAGUUAUGUUAAUAUCCUAUCUCCCAUUUUGUAGCAGUAAUGAAAUUCAGCAUAUCUUUUGUGACUCACCAGCCCUUCUAAGUUUGGCUUGUACUGAUACAUCUGUUAAUGUCCUUGUGGAUUUUAUAAUCAAUGGUUUUGUUCUUCUGGGGACAUUCAGCUGUAUAAUGAUCUCUUACAUUAUGAUUAUUAGAGCUAUCAUGAAAAUCAGAACCCCUGGCGGACGAACAAAGGCUUUCUCUACUUGUGUUUCUCAUUUGGCAGUAGUGCUUGUGUUUUUUAGCUGUGUUAUAUUUAUGUAUGUACGACUGAGGGAAAGUUACUCUUUGUAUUAUGACCGAGUCCUUGCAAUAAUGUAUACAGUGCUUACUCCUAUAUUCAAUCCAAUAAUCUAUAGUCUAAGAAACAAGGAGAUAAGAAAUGUAAUUAAAAGACAAAUAUGUAAGAGAAGAGAUUUCAGAAAUAAAAGGUGA